AGGAGAGAGAAUAAGAGGAAACUCCAAAGGGGUAGAGAGAGAAGAGAGGGAGAACAUCUUCACUGCGUGGGAAUCUUUUUCUCUGCAUCUUUUGAAGGAAGUGCUCACUGUUUUUCACUUGCACUAUGCAGAAUUAUGUCGGGAUCCGAAAUAGUUUGGAAAUGGAGAUGUGGUUGUAAGGGCAUUAUUAGUCUCGUCAUGAAGUCUUGUAAGAAAUGACUAGUUUUGGAUUCUUGCUCCCUGUCCAAUGUAAUAUAAACAAUCUAAAGUUGGAAAGCAUAUAAGAAAGCAAAACGGAGGGAAGGGAGGAAAAGCUCAUAUGCUUUUUUAUCUCGUCCACAAGUAAGACCAGGUUGGUAUAGAAGAUCUUCCUAUAUCUGCAAGUUUAUGGCGCCGCCUUCUUCUCAAUUCAGGAGGGGAAAUAUAUUAGUUUAUUGACCAGUUGUGAGCUUUUAAUCUGCGGUUAACAGGAACGGUGUGUGUAGCUGGUGUAAGCAAGAGUAGCUGAUGCAAAUUCAUGGAUUUUAUUCCCUUUUUCACCCACCAGUAGGGUAUAAAUAGAGAUUGCCAAUUUGGGUUUUUCUUCAGUGCAGGAGUUCUUCUCAGUCAUUACUGAAUAGGGGGAUUUGUUAGUGCGGUUCUUCCGACUCUGGAAAUGAGCUUCUCUACUAACUCAGUUGGUUCAGUUUCAGGUAGUAGGACUACUAGAAGGAUCGAAUUCGGAAGGACCCAUGUGGUCAGGCCCAAAGGCAAACACCAGGCCACUAUAGUCUGGGUGCAUGGUAUUGGUGAUAAUGGAUCAAGCUGGUCCCAGCUCCUGGAAACACUUCCUCUUCCAAAUAUUAAGUGGAUAUGCCCAACUGCUCCUACACGACCUGUAGCAAUUUUUGGUGGAUUUCCUUGCACUGCAUGGUUUGAUGUAGGAGACCUUUCAGAUGAUGCUCCUGAUGAUGUGGAGGGUUUAGAUGCUUCAGCAACACACUUUGCAAACUUGUUGUCAACAGAGCCUGCUGAUAUCAAACUUGGUAUUGGAGGCUUCAGCAUGGGUGCUGCCACUGCACUCUACUCUGCAACUUGCUAUAUUCAAGGGAAGUAUGGGAAUGGAAACCCAUACCCUGUCAACUUAAGUGCAGUUGUUGGUUUAAGUGGUUGGCUUCCAUGUUCAAGGAGCUUGAGGAACAAGAUAGAAGGUUCACAUGAGGCUGCAAGGCGUGCUUCAUCCUUGCCCCUAUUGCUAUGUCAUGGCAGAGCUGAUGAUGUAGUCCUCUACAAAUAUGGGGAGAAAUCUGCAGAAGCAUUAGCUACAACUGGGUUUCGUAACCUAACAUUCAGAGCCUAUAACGGGCUUGGCCACUACACUGUCCCGGAAGAGAUGGACGAGGUCUGCAACUGGCUGAACGCAAGGUUGGGGCUUGAUGGGUCUCGCUCGUAAUUGCAGAACCAUUUCUCAUUUUCAUGUAAUAGCUAGUGAGGAAGAAAUAGAAAA